AUGGCCGACACACCCAACUCUGGCAGCUCAACGCCAAACUCACGCUUCACGACCCAAGCCGUCAGCGCCGAAGACAAGCUAAAAGCAGAUACCGUCGGCUUGCAAACACUCGAUGCAUUUCGAAAGCGACGCGCCGAAGCCUUCGAAAGCGGCGCACCGACGCCAGAUGGACGUGAAUCCACGCCAAAAGCAGAAUUCAAGAAGAGGAAGAAAGGCGGGUUGAAGAAAGGCGGAUUAUCAUUCGGAGGGGAUGAUGAAGAUGAUGAAGAUACCAACGCGUCUGCUCCUGCGACAGAAUCUGAAGACGCCGCUUCGCCUGCGCCGUUCAAGAAGAAAUCUCUACGUCCGAAUUCUUCGGUCGGAUUGCAACCUAGAGCUAUGACGAAGUCUGCGAUGCUGAAAGAAGCUCAACUCAAAGACGCGUUACGGAAAGAGUACGUUCGGAUCCAAGAAGCCGUGCGCGCGACGGAGUUUGUUUUACCUUUUGCAUUCUACGAUGGUAGGAACGUGCCUGGAGGAAAAGUGCGGUUGAAAAAAGGUGAUAAGAUUUGGCUGUUUCUCGAAAGAGCGCGGAAAUUGGGUGCGGAGCUGGGGAGAGGGGAUAGAGGGAGAAGGGAUUGGGCACGGAUCAGUGUCGAUGAUCUUAUGAUCGUGCGAGGAGAUAUAAUCAUUCCACACCAUUACGAUUUCCACUACUUCCUCCUCAACAAAACCCACGGCUACCACGGCCAACUCUUCGCCUUCUCCGCCGACCCUACCCCCGCAACGCCUGCCCAUCUCUUACACAAAUUUUCGGAGGAAUCCACCCCUGUACCGGAAGACGAGCCUUCGCAUCUCCAAACUGCGGCUCAGAGAAAACUGCAAGCGGCCCAACACUCCGGACCUCCUGAUUCCGAGCUCGAAGGUUUCGGGGAUGAUCCCAACGACACGAAAGUCGUGGAUCGGAGGUGGUAUGAGAGGAGCAAACAUAUUUAUCCCAUGAGUAGUUGGCAGGAAUUCGAUGCGGAGAAGGAGGAGGAGUAUAAGAAGGGGGUGAGGAAGGAUGGGAAUGGGAAUGCGAUGUUUUUCUCCUCGAGGUGAGAGACAGAGAGAGCGUCGUGAAGGUCUCGGGGCGGGGAUGCAGCUCGGGUAUCUUGUGUAGAUGCUGAAUCCAGUCCUCCCAUCCCCUGUCCUUCCCUUCCCCUUCUCACCCCGCAAACCACCACCACCACCACCACCCCACCAUCACCCAAAGUAUCAACGCCACCGGAUUAAACAAAAACAACACCAUCGGCGUCGGACUGAAAAGCGCCAUCACAACGUUCUGCGCACACCUUCCCACCCAAACUUCAAAUUUCUUACUCCUUGUAUUAAGUUUUUGCGC